GGCUCCGGCGGCAAGCAGUGGCGACGAUCUUGGUAGAUAUUUCCGAUCGACCGCUGUUGUAGCUACAGCUAGUGCUACCACUGCUGCUGGCUCUCGGUCUGGCGGUUCUGGAUCCAGCAACCCUACCUCCAAAAUUCCGGUCCAACAGGAGCACACGCAUAGGAUCGUAAGGCUAACCACGAUGAGCAAUUCUGAAGAUUCAUCCUAUGACGCGAGUGGUGAAGAAGAAGGUAUGGGAGCAGUUCGUGACAGCGGAAAAACACGAAGGGCGUUUCUUGACGCAGAACGUGCUCGCGCGGGGCGAUCCUCAUCGUGGCGAAAUGGACUAGGCCUGCCGGCCCCUGAGUCUGACAGCGAGGCCUCCUUGGGGGCCGAGGGGGAUGAUCAGAGCGACGAAGAAGAUCUGCAAGCUACAGACCAAGUUACAGCACGGGACGCCGGUUUACAGAACGCGUCGGAGGAAGAGGUGGCAGAGGCGAAGGUGCAGCGAACAAGGUAUUCCUUGAGCUAUGCGAUGACGUAGUUAGGCGUUUGUCGUUGCGCUCACUGAUUUCAGCUUUUCUCCCCGUUGAGACUCCUAGUCGGAUGAUGAAAGUUAGAUGUCUUCGUUGUUGCACAUCCGCGCUUCGUAGUUGCUGAACAUCAGAACUUGGUUCCAAUAUACUAGUGGUAAUACAUCACUUUCCAUUUGAUCUGUUUUGGGUGUCUACUCAUGCAAAAAAGUAAAAUUAAAAUUUAGGGAUGACAUUCUCAUACUUUUUUUCAACAGAUCCACUCCUACCUCGCGUCGGAUAAAGCGAACGCGACACCGAUUAGAGGAAGGUGGAGCUAGUGACACUGGAGACGACAGCACGAGGGCUGCUCUCGCGCAUGCGAGUUCGUCUACGUUGUCGCAACCGGCAGGGCUCUUUCAUGACAGCAAACUCACCAGAUACAGCCCCACUCCAGCACGUAGAGACGGCACAUCAGCCCGGAAGAUAACGCAGAAACAAGACAGUAGUAGUACAGGUGCAUCUCCUUCUCCUGAUUAUUUCGAAGAUGAUCCCCAGUCGACGGUCAAACAACACGCAGAUUUCCUGUCGACACAGCGACAAGCCGCACGUCGACGACAUCGACUUGACGGAGAUCCAGAUCACGGCUCGAUCGAGUUCCCAGCGGAAAAGGUCCCCCGAAUAAGUGAUGGCUCGGCUCUGUUCGACUCAGGCUCACCUGCCCUUGUGCCGUCAAGUGGAGUAGAGAACCUUCAUUUUGAAGUUGAGCGUGUGCAAGCAGCUACUGCAGCACAGCCGGAGGAACAAAACGCGGGCUUUUCUACUUCAGAGAACGUCCCGAACAAAAAGCGACAUGUAAAAGCCGCGUACGAGAAGGAUCUAGGAGAUCUUGUGGAGACGAUUGGGGAGCUCUCCUUGAAAGCUUCGGAGGACGGAGACGGAGCUUUUUAUAAUCCUGUUGAUAGCAAAGUUCCCCGGCGCUCGAUGGAGGAAGAUGUCGG